CAGUGACAAGGACAGCUAUUCCAGGUAUUGUUAGGGGACUUGUGUGUCGGUGAAGACACAGAUUGUAUAUUUGAUCUAUUGGUAUUUACCUACCUUCCAUGUUUGUACAUAAAUCUAGGAGACAGACGAGUACCGCUAUAUCUACCUGAGAUUUGUCAGGGUAUCAACUUCUCACCUGUACGCGGAGAGGAAUUGAACUUGUACCGAGGCGGAACCGGAUAUGGCGACACCUUAUGACUGGCAGGUCGGGAAAACUUUGGCCGGCACAAACCGAUAUAUGCUGAACAAUGAAAUCGGUUGUGACGUCGCUUUCUUGUUGGGUGAUGACCGUAGUGAGGUGUAUGCGCACAAAUACGUUCUCAUCAGCCGCAGUUGUGUAUUUUGUGCAAUGUUACAUGGACCAAUGGCAGAGAAAACGUCGGAAUACAUCCACAUCCCUGAUAUAAAGAGAGAAACAUUCAAACAAUUACUCGAGUACAUGUACUGCGAGGAUACUAAGGUCGACACCAAGAAUGCGUCUUACCUACUCUACGCUGCCCGGAAGUAUGGGAUCGAUGCACUCGAGGAGAAAUGCGUUCGCAUCCUUGAACACGGCAUCACGAUUGAGAAUGUCUGUGAAGUUGUACGACAAGCCUACCAGUUUGAUGAACACGAACUAAAGAAAAAAUGUCUUGAUUUCAUUUUUCAUCACCCAAAAGACAUUUUACGGUCAAAUAACUUUUCGGAUUUACCAGAUCCAGUCGUUAGAGAAAUUAUCCAAGCAGACGAACUCGCCGUAAAAGAAGAAAUUGUCUUUGACGCGUUAUUGCGAUGGUCGGAAAUGGAGUGCAUGCGACAGGAAUUACCGGUCACGGGUAGGAAUCAGCGGAGGAUUAUUGGCGGCAUGCUGAAAUACAUCCGGUUUCCACUCAUGCCAACUCCUUACCUAAAUAGCUUCGUGUUCCGCUCAGACAUAUUGAGUCACGAGGAGAUCAGAGAUAUCGGGGACUACUUCUCGGGCAAAAGUGAGGGUGAGACGAAAUUCAAGUUUGAAAAGCGGUCGUUAGGUGAUAACCAAGUCCUCCAUUGGAGAUUCGGGCCAGUUAGUUGUAUCCACAACGAGGAAACUGCCAUUUCCUUCUCUGCUUCUCGACAGGUCCUUGUACAAGGAGUGCAGAUUGAUGGUAGUGUGUACUCAAACGAAAUCUACGAGGCAGAUCUCUCCAUCUUUGAUACGAGUAACAAAGAACUCGGAAAAGUGAAAACAAAACUUGAUAUUAAAAAGAAUAACUUCUAUGAUGUUUUGUUUCAUGCAGCACCAAGAAUCGACAAAGGCUAUAAAUACACAGUAAUACUGAAGAUACAGGGCACCCAUGGAUACUACGGGACGAGCGGAAAAUCUAGCCUUCCUCUCAGGGAUUCAAGUUCUACUGUAGUCAAUCCUGAUGGCGAGUUCUCGCGCAUCAUUACCAACAAAAACCAAGUACCCGCCAUAUUGGUGAAACCAUACAUACCAGCAUCUUGAUUCUUUAAUUGGUUUCACAAUGAUAUGCCUAUCUUGUCCAUUGAAAGUAAGAGGUCUGGUAAUUCGGAAACAACGCCCAGGCUACAUACGGGUAUCAGAUGAAAAGACACUUCGCGUUAGAGGGUAUGCAAUAGCAAUGAGUCCGGUCAUGGAGAAAUAGAUUUGCUUUAACUCAGCGUUUACAUUCAUUUUGAUUGGUUCAUCCUAUUUGUUUCCAACAUAGUGUAUUAGUAUGUCACCCACACUGACGAUAUCAUCUAAAAUGAUAGGUAUUACAACUUUAUGUUUCAGAUAGUUUGAAGUUCUCAACACUUAAAUUAAGGAUGAUUUCUAACAUAUAUUCGUUUGUGAGUUAAUUAAGUAUCCCAGUAUUGUGUACCUGUGUAUAAGGAUGUGUUAAUAAUAAUAGGGCGUGACUAUAAACGAGCAAAUCGGGUGAUUUUUUUCACGAUGGAAAUGCUCAAAAGGUUGUAUUUGUAUUCACAUCACUUUUUCCAAGUCUCAACUUCAAUACAUUUGUGUAUUAUAUGGCAAGCCUAGUUUUCAUUUAUUCAUGGAGCAAUGUCGAUCCAGUAAUUAAGCAAAUUGUAUAACAUAUCUGAUAUAAUAAAUAAAAAAUCUUGCAAAGAAAUGUUUAUAAGAUAUAUCAUAGAUAAGAUAUAUUUUAAAGAAAUAAGAUAUCUCAUAUAUAUAUAAGAUAUCUGAUAUAUCUGAUAUGUCUCAUAUUAUUUUUAAGUAAGAUAUCAUAUAAUUUGGUUAAAUACUGGUUCAAAAUUGCUCCAUGAAUAAAUGACAACUUGCCUUGUCAUAGUAUUGCAAUAUUUUGGAAAGAAUAAAAAAGAAAGAAUGUGUGAAAAGAUGGAAGUCAACCCUUCUAUUGUACUUCUCACUCAUUAACAUUUUAAAUAGCAACUUGAUACCACAAUAUGAUAUUAGUCAUAAUAUUGGUUUAUCUGUACCUCAUCAUAUUGAUGUUUCUAUAUUUGCUAAUUACGGAUGGCAUUGACUGUCCCUUUUUAUAAUUUCAUAUGUAAGUGUUGCAAUGUUGAUAUAUCUACAUAGGAUGGCAUCCUUUCAUUGUAAAGUAGUUCGUAUGUAAUCAAAUGCACAAGAAUUUCAGUGUCAUGUGGACAAAGGUUAAAUUACUCAAGAAACAUAAAUAUGUAAAUUCAUUUGUAAAGCAGAAGUAGAAGAAGAAAUAUUUCCCAGUUGAAUAUAAAACAAUGGUUACUAUUCAAUAUUCCGCGGAAAACCAGCUUGCCUUUGACAAUUGUUUUUUUUUUUACCGAUGUCCAUCCUAAAUUACUCGUAACAGAGGAUUUUUUUCAUAUUUCUUUUUUUACAGAAUGAAAUUUGAUUGGUGAAAUCUGAAAUGCCAUAAUUGUUUUGUUUAAGUACAGAAUGCUGACAAAACAUCGCCUUAUUAAUUUCUGUGAUAUAUACGAAGAUAUCGUCAAUAAUUUCAAUAAUUAUGUGUGUGAUAUUUGAGAGAAUACUGACGUCUUUAUUUUUGAUAUGUAUAAGAGGACAUCGCCAUCAAUACAUGUGUGAUAUUUGAGAGACUACUAACGUCAUUAUUUUUGUGAUAUAUGUGUGAUAUUUGAGAGCAUAUUGACGUCAUCAUUUCUGUGAUUGUAUAAGAAGAUACCAUCAUCAAUAAUUAUGUGAUAUUGGGAAAAUACUGACGUCAUUAUUUCUGUGAAAUUUAAUGGAACAUCGUCAUCAAUAUUUGUGUGAUAUUUGAGAGAAUACUGACAUCACUUUUUCUGUGAUAUAUAAGAGGACAUCGUCAUCAAUAUCUGUGUGAUAUUUGAGAGAAUACUAACGUCAUAAUUUCUGUGAUAUAUUCGAGGAUAUCUUCAUCAAUAUAUGUGAUUUUUAAGAGAAUACUAACGUCAUUACUUCUGUGAUAUAUAAGAGAACAUCGUCAUCAAUAUCUGUGUGAUAUUGGAGAGAAUAGUGACGUCGUCAUCAAUAAUUGUGUGAUAUUUGAGAUAAUAUUGUCGCCAUCUUCUUGAAAUAUCAGAAGAUAUCGCUGGACUUUUUAUAGUCUUAAAAAACACAUUCCAUAUUCAUGUACAUAUAUUUUCUUACAUUGGUGAAAGUCAUCAGUUUAUAAAAUGAUCGUUGCUUAUUCGCAUGUUGUCAUUGUCCUGCUACUCUGACAUGUAACUUGUUUAAAAAGUAAAAAGGUAUCGUCACAUUCCACAUCUAUAAUAAGUAUCAUACGCACAUGAUCAGCGUUGGAAAUCAGCAUUGAAAUAAUUGUUAUACAAGUUUGUGUGUUGUAUAUUGAAAUUGUUGCAAUAUUUUGAAAUAUAUAUACAUAUAUAUUGUCUAACCGUAUCACUGAUCACUGUUGUUACUGUUGUUAUUGCAAAUUAAAGCUACGCAUUUAAAAAUAAAUAUUUAACACA